CAGAAAACUUCGAUGAAUAAUUUGACAUUACCUGAAUGUAUUUAUAUUUCCACUUAAAUCUAAUUUCUGUUAGGACACAGUACGUAAACAAUUCAACAUUAAAGAAGGGUUAAGGAAGAUUGAUUCGUAAACGAAACCUUAACCAGAUUAAAUUAAAAGGCAUGUGACAAGCAGGUAUAAUUUAUGUUAAUAAAAUGACGGACGAAAAAACACAAACACAAGAAUUUAAAUUAGAUCCAGACUGUGAACUACGAUUCGAAGUUGAAACUAAAAGUGAAAAGGUCACUCUUGAAUUGAAAAGCGGUUUAGCAGAAGUCUUUGGCACAGAAUUAGUAAAAGGAAAGAAAUAUGAGUUUACUGCCGGAGCUAAAGUGGCUGUCUUUACAUGGCAAGGAUGCACUGUUGAAUUAGUUGGCAAAACAGAUGUCAGUUAUGUUGCCAAAGAAACUCCAAUGGGUCUCUAUCUGAACUGCCAUGCUGCAAUGGAAAGGCUCAGAGAGACAGCAGAGAAGGAUGAUACACGGGGACCGAUAACAAUGGUUGUAGGACCGUGUGACGUUGGGAAAUCAACGCUAUGUAGACUUUUGUUAAAUUAUGCAGUCAGAAUGGGCCGCAGGCCAAUCUUUGUAGACCUAGAUGUUGGCCAGGGUCACAUAGCGAUACCUGGUACAGUAGGUGCUCUGCUCGUUGAACGUCCAUCGAACAUAGUCGAAGGUUUCAGUCAGCAAGCACCAUUGGUCUUUCACUUUGGUCAUAAAUCACCGCAGACCAAUGUUGCUCUUUACAAUCUCUUGGUGACACGUUUAGCUGAGGUCUGUUCCGAUAGACUUCAAGCCAAUAAAAAGGCUAGAGUCUCUGGGAUUGUGAUAAACACUUGCGGAUGGGUCAAAGGACAGGGAUACAAAUUAUUGACGCACGCAGCUCAGGCUUUCGAAGUGGAUGCUAUAUUGGUAUUGGACCAAGAAAGACUUUACAAUGAACUUGUUAGAGAUAUGCCAGACUUCGUUAAAGUUGUUUUUCUACCGAAAAGCGGUGGUGUGGUGGAAAGAAGUCAAGCGCAGAGGAUAGAAGCCAGAGACCAAGGUGUCAGGGAAUACUUUUACGGAUCCAGAACUCCACUUUAUCCUCAUAGUUUCGAAGUGAAAUGGAGUGAAGCUAGAUUGUACAAAAUUGGGGCUCCGGUGUUGCCUGCAUCCUGUAUGCCACUGGGAAUGAAGGCAGAGGACAAUUUAACAAAAUUAGUAGCAGUCACAGCUGGGCCCAAUCUACUUCACCAUUUGUUAUCGGUCUCGUUCGCUGAUUCACCCGAAGAUGAUGUGGUGCAAACCAAUGUUGCUGGAUUUGUCUGCGUCACCAAUGUGGACGUGGAAAGGCAAACAUUUACAGUACUAAGUCCUCAGCCAAGACCAUUACCAAAUACAGUUUUAUUACUAUCAGAUAUUCAAUUCAUGGACAGUCAUUGAUUUUUUUUAUACU